AUGACGCCCGCGCCGCGCGCACCCACCGGCCAGGUACCCCCACGUCCCGCGCACUGCGCGCCGCCACGACACGUGCCUCUGCGCCUGCGCGGUGACCUCCCGCCGCAACCUCUUCCGGGGCGGGGCGGGGCCGGAGAGCGCGCUUGCGCCUGCGCAGAACGGCGCGUGCCCGUCCCCAUGGCAACCGAGAGGACGCGGCGGUCUCGGGCUAGGAGCGAGCUGGCUGGGCUUUCGACGGCGGGCUCUCACCGAUGCGGCAGGCCCCAUGGGCGCUUCGUUGCCAAGGGAUCGGGAUUAUGUCCGCCUGAGAGAGUGAGGAGGCUCUCACAGCAGGAGGCUGCGAACAAAAGCACGGACUCACCCCACUGCCCCUGUCCAGCCACUUUCACCCCCAGAACCUGCGAGCUGCUCCAAGACAUGAUGAAGGAAUCCAAGCUGACCAAAUUCCAACAGCGCCAUCUCAUGAACACCAUAAAAAGAGGAGAUCCUCUCCCACUCCGCUGUGGCCCCACCGCCAGCCAGAGGGCACUGCGUGCCAGGGUGCCCGCCUCGCCCACCCACCUGCCUCCCAUCCUGGGUGCCCACUCCCACCUCCGGCCGGCCAGCUUGUGCCAAGCCAACGGGGCAUACAGCCGGGAGCAGUUCAAGCCUCAGGCCACCCGAGACUUGGAGAAGGAGAAGCAAAGACUCCAAGACAUUUUGGCCAAAGGGAAGGAAUCAGAGCCCCUGAAGAAGAAGCCAACGCCCCCAGAACAGCAAGAUGGGGUCAGCCCGGAGCCUCCAGACCGCUUUAAAGAGUUGGUGAAAGAAAUCGAGGACAGGAAGGAAUUCCUGAGUGACAUGGAAGCCCUGGGCCACGGCAAACAGUUCCGAGCCAUCAUCCUGACAGAGAUUUCCCAGAAGCUUCGAGAAAUGGAAGACAUUGACCAUAGGCGAAGCAAGGAACUGCGCCAGACCCUGGCCCUCUAG